UAUAUAUCAAAGAAUAUGAGUUAUCAGGAGGAAUAUGUAGGAUCAUUUCCCAAGGAUUUUAGUUAUGGCCCCUUUGAACAGAACGGCGAGAGCGAUAAUGGAUCUUUACAAGAAGAUCACAAACCUCGGAUUUUACUUAUGGGUCUUCGAAGAUCAGGGAAAUCAUCAAUACAAAAAGUUGUUUUUCACAAAAUGUCACCUAAUGAGACCCUGUUUUUGGAGUCUACCAACAAAAUAGUCAAGGAUGAUAUUAAUAACAGCAGUUUUGUACAGUUUCAAAUAUGGGACUUUCCAGGUCAAAUUGAUUUUUUUGAUCCUACUUUUGAUUCUGAUACUAUUUUUGGUGGGUGUGGGGCUUUAGUUUUCGUAAUAGACGCCCAGGAUGACUACCAAGAUGCAUUGGAUAAACUACAACUUACAGUGACUAAGGCAUAUAGAGUUAAUAGUAAUAUAAAGUUUGAAGUGUUUAUACAUAAAGUUGAUGGUCUUAAUGAUGAUUAUAAAAUGGAAUCACAAAGAGAUAUUCAUCACCGCGCAACAGAAGAUCUGGCAGAAGCAGGCCUUGAGCAUGUUCACCUCUCAUUUCACCUGACUUCUAUUUAUGAUCACUCUAUAUUCGAAGCGUUCAGUAAAGUAGUGCAGAAACUUAUACCGCAAUUGCCUACAUUAGAAAAUCUUCUAAAUAUACUCAUAUCAAAUUCUGGGAUUGAGAAAGCAUUUCUCUUUGAUGUAGUUUCUAAGAUUUAUAUUGCAACUGACAGCUCUCCAGUAGAUAUGCAAAGCUAUGAACUGUGCUGUGAUAUGAUUGAUGUUGUUAUCGAUAUUUCUUGUAUAUAUGGUAUGGUAGAUGAAACCGAAAUGAAUACAUUUAACAGCCAGAGUUCUAGCCUUAUAAAGUUGAAUAAUGGAACAGUUUUAUAUUUAAGAGAAGUAAAUAAAUUUCUUGCACUUGUGUGCAUUCUUCGUGAAGAAAACUUUCAAAAACAAGGUGUGAUAGACUAUAAUUUCCUGUGCUUCCGCGACGCAAUAACUCAGGUCUUUGAAUUAAGAAGUAAAUCACAAAGUGCACACAAAAAUCGAUCUGAUAUUGAGCUCUUGACCAAUGGUGCUGGUGAUUCAUCUGAAGGCACAUCAGAACCAUUACAAGUCCAGUUACCUUAGCACAAUAGAGCUAUAUAUUACUACUAUUAUUGUAUAAACUGUAGGGAAUUUAACUUUAUAAUUUCUUUGUACUACAGCUUAUUCCAGAUAUAUUCAUAGUACUAAUUACUGUAAAAAAAAUAUUUAAAUAAAAAGGACAUUAUUUUUACUCUA